UCCAUGCAAUUGCAGGUGUGCUGAAUGAGCGCCCUGUAUUUGACGUAUCAUCGUUAUAUUAACCGUACAAUACCAUCAGCUUUUUCCGGAGCAUUUCAGCGGUAUCAUUUGCUUCGACGCGAUUGGCGGAAUCGGAUGGAGUUGCUAUUUGUGCAGUCAAUUUGAUUAAUAAACGCAUGGAAGGACAUUUUGUUCGCGACCAGCAGCUCAUUGCUGUGUCUGAGAAAGAUGCAGAAGGCUUCCGAAGCGUGUGAAGACUGAAGGUGAAGCGCGUUGGACAUGCAUGAUAUUAAAUUCGGCCAAGGAGACGAGAGAGGCAAAGCUGGACCUUCCUGUUACUUUGUGCAUGCAUCCUCAUCCAGAAAACAGCGUGCGUGAUAAGGAAUAUGAGCCGUGUGAGAUGGAAAGCUGUACUGAAAAUGUCAACCUUUCUGACUUCCUGGACACUAUUUGGCAAAACCGGGAGGAUAAAUUUGAAGACUAUGGUGAAGGGAAGGAUGUGGAUUACUCUCCAAGCAGCCCAAGCCAUGAAAAUUACUCCAAAUCAAAAUGCUUCUCAAAUUUAGGAUCCUCCCUUCCAUCGAGUGCAGGACACACAACUCACAAAAUGCGGCAACUGUAUACCAGUGAACUGCUGGAUAUCAACUGUUCUCAGUGCUGCAAGAAAGUGAAUCUGCUCAAUGAUUUGGAUGCUCGCCUUCGAAACAUCAAGGGAAGCAGCCCCAAUAGAAAUAUAUCCAGCACAGCAUUCGGACACCAGCUGUUCCAGACCAACUACAAUGUCCUUGAUUUGAGUCCGGGGAGCAGCACAGAUAAUUUGUUCACAGAGAGUAUUGACUCCUGUGAUCUCAACAUUACAGAGAAGGUGACUUAUCUUGAGAAGAAGGUGACGGAGCUGGAGAGUGACAGUCUGACGAAUGGGGAACUUAAGUCCAGACUGAAACAGGAAAACACACAACUUGUCCAUCGUGUGCAUGAACUAGAGGAGCAGAUGAAGGAUGUCGAGGCAAGGGCAGAUCAGAGUCUGGAGGAGGAGACUAAGAGGCACUGCGAGGUUUACUGCAAGAUGGAGAAGGAAAGAAACACAGAGAUAGAAUUUCUGUGUAACAGGAUACAGCAGUUGGAGGAAGAGAAUGGAGAAAUGAAGACUAAUGUGCACAGGCUCAAGUCUCACGCCGAGAAACUGGACCAGGAAAAGCAGAAGAAGAUGGACAAGUUGGAGGACACAAGCCUGAGGCUAAAAGAUGAGGCGGACCUAUAUAGGAAGAUAGUUGAAAAACUUUGGCACAACCGCCGUGAGUUUCAUAAGGAAAAGAAUGCUAUGAAAGAGCUAAUUGAUGAUCUCCGCAGAGAACUGGACUAUUUGCAGCUCUUUAGGAUGGAAAUGGAGCAUCCUGGAAAGGGCAAGAGCCUUUCGGAACACAAUACCAAGCCUCGAGAGAUCGAAAUGGAACAGGAUGUGAAAAAAUUUAAACAGGAAAACCAUAAAUUGCGAGAUCAGAAUGAUGACUUGAAUGCUCAGAUUCUAAGUCUGAGUUUGUAUGAGGCCAAGAGCCUGUUUUCCUGCCACUCAAAGGUCCAGUGUCUGGCUGCUGAGAUUGACAAUGCGUCAAGGGACGAGCUAGUUGAUGCUUUGAAAGCAGAGGAGGAGAACAACUUCCGUUUGAGGAAAUACAUGGACAAAAUAAUUUUGGCCAUUCUUGACCAUAACCCCUCAAUCCUGGAGAUCAAAUGUUAAACAACAUACACAAGACAAAUCUCAAUAUCUGACCACAGUAUAUUGAUUAAAGAGAUAUAGAGGUACAGAAUGUGUUAACGAAACAAGAGUGUAAAUUAUUACACUGUGUUACAAAAAUAUUUUGCAACUUGUCUGUUUUUUCAGCUGAUUUAGAACAAUUUUGCAUUGCUGAAUUUGAAAAUGACACCAGUCAGUUGCUCUUGUUUAGGUCAGAUUUUAAUGCUAAAAUGAUUUUUAAUCUGAUUUUUUUACGAAAUUGAUUACACUUUUGUAGCAUUAAUGGGGCAUUUCUGUUCAUAUUUCUCAUCACAGAGAUUUUUAAGAGGGGGUGAAAAAAUCUAUUAAUCAAAUGUUACAAUCUUUGCUUAUUGUAAAUUGAACUGUAGACAUUGAUAAAAGUAAGUAACCUUCCAUCUGGAAGGACUCGCACCCUCCCCACGCCUCCCACACCCUUAGGUUGAGAACCCCGUGAUAUAAAGUGGAAAUACCUGUACAUGUAAAUAAAAACAUUUUAAAAACUAGGCCAUAGAUCAAAACGUUGACCUGAUUGAGCAAAAUGUGAUAAUGUGAUAUUGUGAUAUUUAGAUUCAGCACAUCAAAAUGCUUCUAUAUCAGCUAAAAAAAAUUGUGUUGUUGACCAUUGUUAUAUUAAUAUGAUGUGAAGGGUGCAAACAAAGUAUUGUUUCAUUCAGACUCUCAAAACGUACUUUAUACUGGACCGUAUAUCAUCAAUGAUGUAGUAGACACUGUUGCAAAGCAAAAUCUUAUCACUUUUACCGAACACUUAAAAAAAAAAAAAUAAUAAUAAUAAUUUCUUGCAGUUGAAAAGCAGGAUUAUGAUCUGUUAUCAUCAUUUAUCACUGUUUUAGUGAAACUGUGUAUUUUGGGCAAAAUUGGUGUGAGAACAUAAGAAACAACUCCAAUGUUAACCAUUACACACUGGUCGCAUCAAAUUUGACAGCUAUAAAAAUUAUAUAAAAAUACUCUGUUUAUUGCACCCUGAAAUAUGACGACUUUCCUAAAGCGAUCCAAAAUACACAAAAAUGAAAAUAUUUAAGAAGGGCAUUGUUUUGUACAAGUGCUACAAAACAAAGUUUGUGUUCACUGAGGCUGUUCAGGGUAAAAUUGAUUUUACAUUGAUCAGUGUGUAUUAAAUCAAAGAAAGUGGUUGUAAUCGUGAGAAUCUUGAAACUGUACAGGCCAUAAAUGUUUUUUUUUUUUAACGGGGGAGUGGAAACAGUGUUCAAGAGGGAGCUUGAAAACAUCCCGACAAUUGGAGUAUCUCAAAGAGUAAAAGAGUCCAAUUCACGGAUGUGUUGAUUUUUUAUGGGACUGUAGGGAGGAGGUUCAUGGGGGAGUUUGAACCAGUCCAGAGAACUGUCAGUGUUGCCACUGCUUUUGCACAAGUUCCCACAGAAACAGGCACAUGUUGGUUGGCCUUUGAAGGGUCAUGGGGAAUCUCAAAUUAAAAUCAACAAAUGUCAUACAGAAAUAAGACUUCACAUUGUUUGUUUUUUUUAUCCAAAGAUGAGUGGUGUAAAACAAAAAAUGAACUUUGUUUAAUAUGAACCAGUGAUUGAGGAUUGAUCAUCUAAUUGUCAGAUAGGCUAUUAAUACAUUUUGAAAAGAGUUUAGUUCAUAAUUUAAAAUGAAUAUGAUGAUAUUCAGGGUACGGUUGAGCAUCGUUUGAAUUUGAGCGAUUCCGGUUCCGAUUCUGGUUUCUUAGUUCAAUUCCGGAUCCAAACGAAUCUCUAUUCCAAUUCUUUUAGCGGGCUUGGUCAAAAAGGUUUGCAUGGUUUAAAUAAAGGGUGUCCAAAUUCUAAACAUCCGUUUUCUUAGCAGCCCGCAGCAUAGACUAAAAUGAACAUUUGACUCGAGGUUCUUUAUAACCAGCAUCAAUAUCAAACCUAUGAGCUAAAAGGCAGCGUGUGUGGAACUAACCCUAAUUGACUUAAUAUUCAUUAAUGUUUCAGUUGAAAGUUAAAUAUAGCUUUGUUAAAAAUUAACUGUUUUAUUUCAUUGUUUCACUCACCCAGUUGAUUGAGAGUUGACUUCACUGGUAGCAUUGUUAAAAUAGUUAUUUUGCAGCUGAGAAGCAAAAUAGUUAUUUUAACAAUGCUAUAUAGCUGCAACUGUAUUAUGUUUCAUCACGUAAAAUGGUUUAUAUGUGCAAGUUUAACUUGACUUGUUUUACCGAUGAGGCACAAUGUUAGUGUUUGUGAUAUUGUGAGACAGUGUUUAUGUGAAUUUUGUCCCAAUUCAUUGUGAUGUAAAGUUGCUACGGUGACAUUUUAGAUCAAUGUUAAGCUUUUUAUUUUUUUUUUUGCUUUUUUUUUUU